CGUUGGCCGAAAGGGUGUUCAUAUGGGGCGCGGGGUGUGGUGAGGCUUCUUCAAGAAAAACCCUAUUUGAUGGUGAAGUUGGUGAGUAAGGGGUUUUAGCUUCCGAGCUUUGAGACAUGAUCCGUUUCACCAAAUUCAAAUCUCUCUCCCUAUCUGCAGAUUCCGGCGCCCACCAAUUGCUUCAAAGAUGCUGGGUGAGUCGUACUGCCAAAGGCAAAUCCAAGAUCAAAGCUGGCCAACCGCUGAAGCGCUCCAAAAUCACCGUUAAAAAAGGCGGAGCCGCUUCCAAAGGUGGUGAUGGUGGUGGAGGAAAGAAAAUCCCUCCCGACCAGGAAAAGCUCUAUGAUCAAUGCCUAAAUGCUCCUACUCCUCUCCGGUUCUUGAAAGCUAAAGAAAGAGAACGCGAGGCCAAGCGAGAGAAGCUCGGCCUCAUCAGCAAAGAGCGCCAACGUGAGAUUGAUAUGAUGAAGAUGGAUAAAUCGAAAUUGGGGAUUUCUGAUUCUCCCUCCAUUAUUGGCACUCCGGGUUUGGAUUUGAUUUCGCUAGGUUUAGUCGACGCGGAUAAGAUUCCCAAGUAUGAGUUGACAGUGGAAGAUGGGCAGCGACUUGCAAAGGAAUACAGUCGGGUGUUGAUGAAGCAACAUCGUGCAAGACGGGCAGCUGAAACGAUGCUGUUGAAGAUGAAGAGCGAAGCUAUUGAAGCAUUACCAGAUCAUUUGAAAGCUGCUGCUUUGGUUCCAGAUAUGACCCCGUUCCCCGCAGACAGGUUCAUGGCGACUUUGACGCCUCCAAUCGAAGGGUAUGUGGAAAAGAUCGAUGAAGCAGCGAAGAAGAGUACUGGGAAAGAGAAACUUAGAUGAUCAGAGAGAUUACAAGUAGAUGAAGCUUGCAGGCUGGAAAAGAAGAGUUCGUAGCAGUUAGAAUCUGAAAACCAAAGCUCGUGGUUGCAUUUUUUUUAAAAGAAAAGAGCCACGAAGCAUUGGAUGUGUGGUAACAAUAAGAUCUCCUGAAUUUUUCAAGAUUGUAACUUCAAGGCUUUUUCAAGAAAAUGCUUGGAGCAACAUUAUUCCUUUACUGUUAUCAUUAUUAUUUAUCACUAUUUUUGGGGGUUGGUUUUAUGUUUUUGGAUUGAUUUCGAUGGGUUUGUGAUAUUUUUAAUUCCAGAGGUUUCUUUUGUCAAAUUCAACACCUUUUUCCCCUGUUGAAAAAGAAAAUCAUUUUCACAACUUUCUAAUCAUAAAUA